GAAAGCUCUUUCACGUCGCUCUGUCCGCAUGGGCCCCCGACGCCCCCUCACAGGCCACUCCUCAACGUUGCUGUGUUGUUCUCUUCCCCACGGAGCUGCAUCUUCUUCGAUCUCCGUGCGCUUCUCAUUCGUUGUUGCUGUCUGCUCGCGGUCAAACGAUACAGGUCAAUAGAUGAACUGAAUGUGUGAUUGGAGUGCUCGCGCAAAUUCUGAUCAGAGACUUUGAUCCAAAAAUGUAAGAAGCUGAAAGAUCCAGGAGGCCGUUUUGGGACGAUGGUAUGGACUCGUUUAUACCUUAGUCUAGGAAAUUCGAAGGAUUUGGUUUCCAGGUUUGUCAUUUUACGUGAAAAGGUGAAAAGGUGAACAGUUCCCGAAGAUGAAAUCAGGUGUGCGACACUGCACAUCACCUGCUCUUUUAAUUCUCUUGUUCUUUCCUGUCAUAUCAUUCAUCAGAAGUUCAAUUCAGAAUACAUGAAUGCAGGGGGGAGAAAAACCUCAGAUAUCAAUAUCAUUAAAUGGCGAUUUGGUAUAUGAACUUUUACUUCCACAGAGCUUACCCAUUCAUAAUAUCUCGGUAUCUGAAGGGAUCUUAUUAAGCACGCAUUAAAUUUUAAUGAUCACUUUUGGCAUUUAUUCUUUCUAAGUGUGUGACUAACUACAUAUUAAAGAUUCACUGUCACGAAACAAGUUUUGGACGAAGGUCAUCGUAAAGUGCUUGAAAAUUACAGAGCGUCAUUGUGGUAUAGUGAACUAUCAGUGGCUGUGCUAUAGAUCCCUAGCUGGAAUUGCUCUUGUGUGAAAAACUUUAUGGUGGAAUGCCAUAAAAGAUUUAGCUCUAUCUUCUUUGAUGUAAAGGGCGGCGCGUCAAAUGUGGAGAGGGGUCUUCGUCCGGUACUGAGAGGUGAAAGGAAAUUUGCGUUGGGUUGGCCUAAUCUUCUAUUUGAAUUGCUCCUCAAGCCGCUUGGCAGCUUUGUUAAAUCCUGAUAGACUGUGUUUCACUUAGGAAUCAAUGCUGGUUCGAAGGAACUUAGUCGAGAAAUAUAGAAUGAGUCCCUCAUUUGUUAAGUCAGAAUUGUAUGCAGAUCAUGAGUCUUUGUAAGAUCUGCAGAAUCAUAACACACACAAAUGGAAUUUAGUGUUCGGAUAGUGUAAUGAUUGUGUUCAACGUAGAUCCUGUUUCAUAUAGUGCUGUGUGAAAGGGAUCAUUCUGCGAGCAAAGAAUCUGAAUGCUUUCAGACCAUUUAGUUGGAUGCACCUUUAGUUUUUAUUGUAUUUCCAAUUUGACAAGUAAUAAUCAGUACUGGUGUGUGUUGACCAUGGCAGAGGGACUUAAGGAAUUCUCUCGCAAACUUAUGAAUGUUGAUGCAUUCAUUCCUGAGAUUCAAGGAUGGAUUGAACAGAAGCUUCAGCUUUCUCUUUCAGGAGAGACCGGGUUCCAUUCACCUUUUCAAGUUGAUCAGCUUCGGUUACUCGAUUAUUCAUUAGUAAGCAUGUCCCUUCAGCAGCUGCUACGAAUGCCGGUUUCUCAGACAUGUGCUUCUUUACCAGAGCCUGCUGUAUGUCUUGCUGUGGAAGAUUUUAUGCAUACGGCAACGCAACGGCUGUGGGAGACGUUUUGGGAUGCAUCCGAAGAACCUGCGCCAACGCCAUUUUAUAUUUUAGGUCCACAAACCUCUGCUUCAGAAUCUAUUUCGGUAUUUCCGUUUCCCAUAACUCUCCCCCAGUUUGAAGAGAUUAAACGAUUUUUGAGUCACAGUGAUGUUUGCUUUUGUUCCGAAUCGCAUUUUGAUAUCAUCUUACCAGCGAUUCGUUCAUCGACAAGAUCACUCAUCAAUGUGAAGGCCUUGGUUUUCGAUAAGGUGAGUUCACUGGAGCGAGAGGCACCACUGCCUGGGGCUGCUAUUGUUGCCAGAAAUGGUUCCAGUGGAAAAGGUGGACGUGUACUAUGGGACCAUGUUGCCGCAUAUGUCGAAGUAAGAGCGGACAUUACAGGAGCUAAUUCUAAGAGUUUGAUGUCGGCUACAUCUUUAGAGGUUAUUGGGCGCGCUCUUUUUCACGGGCUUCUGAUGCUUACAUCGAGAUCUCUAGCUAAAAAACCAUCAGUCCAUUACAAUGCUGAUACUGCCUACAUUUUACUUGUGAAUUCAAGAAACGGUGGCGUUGUUAGGCUCAAAGGGGAUGUUUCGAAAUUGGAAACCAAUACAGACAAAGUGUAUGAGCGUGCUGCUGAGUGGAUUAAAGAACAAGCGCAAGUUACUGUGUGUCCAUUGGAACAAGUGUGGAAUAGGUUUGGGAAUGCAAAUUGGGGAGAUAUAGGUGCUAUGCAACUUUUACUUGCAAUUUUCCACUCAAUUGAGCAAUGCCGAGGUCCUCCUAGGAAUCCACUCGCAGAGAUGGCAGCUUUGCACAAUGGGAGAGUACAGCGUAGACUGAUGAAACGUGAAAGUUUGGAGAUGCAAGAACCGGGUGAAACAGGAUCUUCACAGCUUAGUAAUUCGCUUCAACGCAGCAGCCGGCGUGGGAUUCUUGAAAUAGAGGAGGAGGUUAAGGGCAAAGAUAGCCGACUCGCCUCUGAACAUAUUAUGAAGCUGGAACCAGGCACAAUUUUUUGGCUUGAGAGCGCCCAUUGGCAACGAGGGUUCCAGAUUCAGGGGCUCCUUGGCAGAAGGAAUUCCUCUGUGUAUAGUGCAAUAUCUCUGGACGAGGUUGGAAAACCUCUUGCUGUUCAUGUUGGAGCACAUGGUAUGAGAACACCUAAACUCUGCUCAUCGAAAGUCCAGAGGCAGACGCGAGUGUUGAAUACAAUGCAACAGAGAGGUAUUUCCAGCAAAUACUUGGCCCAGAUUAUUGCCUCCGGCAGACUGAUGCACCCAGGGCCUUGCUCAAAGAAGAGUUCAACGAGUCUUUGUGAUCAUCCUUGGUGUGGAACUCCAGCUCUAGUCACAGCUCCUAUAGGAGAAACUGUAUACUUGAUCUUUGAAAGAGAAGGUUUGUUUCCGGUUGAAGAAGCCCUUCGAAUAUGCCAUGAUUGUUUGUCAGCACUGCGAAGUGCCAGCUCAAUCGGGAUUCAACACGGAAAUAUCACCCCGGAUCACGUCAUUCGAGUGACAGGCAGUGAUGGAGAGCAUUAUUAUGUUGUGUCGGACUGGGGUCAUGCUGUUUUAGAGGAGAGGGACAGUCCUGCUUUGUCUCCACAGUUUUCGUCUACAGCAGCUUUACAAGAUGGAAAACUAUUUCCUGCUUCUGACACAGAGAGUUUGGUAUACCUUCUUUACUACAUCUGUGGGGGACUUAUUCCAGAGUUCGAUAGUAUGGAAGCAGCCUUGCAGUGGAGGGACGGGAUAUGGGCACGGCGGAUCAUCCAACAACAAUUAGGCGAGGUGUCUGCUGUUUUGAAGGCCUUUGCAGAUUAUGUAGACACUCUUUGUGGCACCCCGUAUUCUGUUGAUUGUGAUAUAUGGCUGCAUCCCUUGGCGCGAGCGCUUGGUAUUGAUCCCAGCAAGAGUGAACUCUCCUCUGAACGCUUGAAAUGUUUGGCUGAAUCUUCUGGAACUUCUGCACCUUCAAAAAGCUGAAAUAUUCAUGAUCGUGAUUCCUCCACUACAUUUUAUCAAGGGAGUCGUAAAGACUUAGUUGAAGCAGUGGAGGAGGUUCCAGUGCAUGGCUCUUUAUAACUCAACCACUGAGCUGUUCCAAACCUGAAGAUCAUCGACUGAGCGGUCUUUGGAAGAGCUAGACCCUUGAUGGAGAGAAAAUCUACUGCUCAAGAUAGUUUGGAAUUUAAUGUAUCCACAACUCUUAAUACACAAGAGUACUGGGCAGACUUGUUCCACA